AUGGGCGUUACCAAGACAAUUCUUCGAAGCGGCAACGGAGUUGACCGGCCUACCAAGGGAGACGAGGUGAUAAUCGACUAUCGUGGAUGCCUCUACGACCCUAGCCGAUCUACAUAUCAUAACAUGGGCAAGCAUCAGCUCAUGCAUGUUCGCUUUGUUUCCAGGUUCGAUUCGUCAAAAGAUCGAGGAGAGUUCAAGACUCCAAUCGGUAUCGGCAAGGUCAUUCGAGUACAGCAGGCAUUCCCGAUGUCCAAGUCCCUAACCUCAGCCUUCUACUGCACAGGAUGGGACGAAGGCGUGAUGAACAUGACAGUUGGCGAGAAGUGCAUACUGACCAUUAGCGGGGACUAUGCAUACGGCGACCGGUAUGGCCUUUUUCCAUCUCUUGCCCCCAUUGCGCUGUUUUCCCAGGGCCACCCUUUGCUAGCUCUGCCCCCUUUUAUUUGCCCGGCCCCUUCUCUGGCUGUCCGGCAGGAUAAUAAGAGAAAGGGCGGCAAAUGA